UUUUGUGAUUGUGUGUGUACUUGUCAACCUUGAAGAUGUACAACAGCUACCAAGAAAAACUGAUGCCCCACUACACGCCAAAUGACUGGCAAUCCUACAAUAAGAAUCUCGAAACAAUCUCAGAGAGAACCAACUUUACUGGCAACAAUGUACGACAGGAAGCAUCUCAACUUCGAAAUGCUGUCUCCAAUACAAUGUCCUGGAAACUUAAGGACACCAACCAAAAGCUUGGAGACCGCAUCAAUGAUGUGGAUCAGUGGUUUCGUAACCUGGAUCGAACUCUUCGAGAAGUGCAGGAGGCAGUGGACAGAUUGUCUGAGGCAAAACUAGAAACGGAGAGAACGAUUGCUGCCAACUUGCCCUAUUUCGAAGCUGCCAAAGAAUGCCUCAAUUUGAGAGACCGUAGAAAAGAAAUAGACCUCGUCGAAGACGAGCCCUACCAUGAAAUUAAGAAAGAAGUUGAUCUAAUCCACAAAAUAAAUAACGCUUUGAGAGAUUGUGCCGCCCAUGACUGGGAUCACCUCAUUCAACUGAAAGAACAACGGGAUAAAUUAGAAGCUGACCUUAAAGAUAAAGAUUCAGCUCUGAAAAACGACAGGUUUCAACUGUCUCUUACUCCCACCUCUACCAAUAUCAUUAGCUUCAAACCUUGGCCAGCUGAUGCCUGUUCUGCUGGCGAAUGCCCUGUGAGCCUGGACACGUGGUUGCAGAACAGUGUUGACAGAAGAAGAUCCGCUGAGGAUGCCAUUGCGAGAGCCACCAGGGCCACGAAUGAUUCCUGGAAUCUGAUACGCAAGACCACCAAUAACAUUCGCCACCAGAGAGAAGCUACCCAAUUCGCAAUGAGAAAACGACGACAUGAAACGCUGCAGGCGCGUGAUAUUCUGGCUGCCCAAAGGAAGGACUUAAAAGACGAAAUCGACAGACUGGACAGAGAAAUGCUGACCGUAGAGCAGACGAUAGACACUUCGAGGGGCAAUCUCAAGUUGACUCAAACCCGAUUAGAAAAUCGGAAAUUUAGACCAAGAUUUGAACUUUGUCGAGACGAUCCAACUGUGGGAUUGGAGGAAGAAAUGAGGAACGUGAUGGAAUCAAGAGAGCAUCUAGCUCAGAAAUUGCGGGAUGUCAAGAACAUGCUCAACAGGGCCCAAGAACAUUUACAUGAAGUUGAGGACGAUCUGCAGCGUAAAGAGCGGUCGUUGGCGAUAGAGACAACAUGCAUCGAAGUUCAUGAGCGUCCGUCUAAAUCACCCUAUCAAAUGGACAUCGCCUGGUUGGCACCGAUGAACACAACCACUUCCAGAUACAUGGAUGAUUCCAUCAAACGAGGCACCAAUCAAAGACUCGUCGAUCGCCAUUUUGAUGAAUGCAAAGCUCAGGGAGAACAUAUAUAUCCCGGUGCCGCAGCCAAUCCGAAUAAUAUAGAAUACAGAUUGAUUGAUUAAUGCAUAAUGACACUUAAUAAAUUAAUUAGUUAAGAAGUCAUUAAAUAAGUUAAAUUUUACUUUUUUACAUUUCUUUUGUCACAGAAGGAGGAUGUUAGAUCGCUUGAAAAGAGGAAAUGAACAAUAUUUUUUCACACAGCAAGGAAAUGAAUAAUAAUAAAAAUGAAUGUGAUAUUUUGGAAAUUAAUCAUUUCACUAAGGUUUUAUUUUACUGUAAAACAAAUUUAUGCUAGAAAUUGACUUUAUUUUGAAAUU